UGCUGAGCUGUGAUCGCUCACUCAGUGCGCUUGGCUGAUGAUACACACACUCAACCCGCCACCUGCGCUCGUUAAUCCAAGUAGGGUUUCUGAGCAAUCUGAAAUUAUAGGUUUUUAAUUUUUGUUUCCUUUUCUGCCUGCUAUUACCUGGAGCUACAACUUUUUCAAAUACUUGCUAAAUUUGGCGGAAUUGGGUUUUAAUACGGAACCUGGAUAACUUUGUAUGAUGGUGGUGCAAGAUUGGGAAAUGAAGAAAUCCGCUAGGGUUUCGCCGUCGCAGGUGGCCGACCUCCGUCAAGCAAAGAGUCAGAUACUAGCGGAUCAACAAGCAAGAGUUCAAACUAAACCAAAGCCAGCAUAUUUAAAUGUCGUUCCCUCUAAAAAACACCUUGCUUGGUAUGUUCCAUUAAAAAAAAAGCAAUUAGAAAGGAAGUCCCCUCGCAUUCCUCAGAUAAAAUGGAAAUGCCCUCCCAAAUUUGCUGUACAUACUGGUUGGCGUGUUGCUUCCGGUGAAGAAAGCCAGGAGGCAGAACCGCAAAAGUGUAGGGAAUCAGCUGUGUCGGAAGUAGUUUAUACCGAUCUCACUGCACUACCUCCCUGCCCUGUUAAUUCGCUGCUAGUGGAAGGCAAUUGCCAUGAUAACAAUGAGACACCGACCAUCCCAAUUAUUCCUAUUGAAGAAGUUGCAGAAAUGCCAUAUGAUACAUCAGCGACGGUGAACACUAGUACCAAUCAACAACCAGCGGCCUCAUGCCCAUUAGUAUCUGGUGAUCUUCCCUCUUCUCAGUCUGAUCCUUCUGAAUGUCAAGAACAAUCUGUUCAUGGUAAAUCUCUUCCCCAAAUACCGCAUGGUCCAGAGAGUGGUGGUCUGGAAAUUGCUGCUGCUGGGGCUGCCACUGUUGCUGCAGUAAUGCCAAGUAAAGAUCAUAUCGACACUGAACUGCUGAUCAAGUUUCUUAGCAACCCAGAAAUGACUAAGAAACUGAUGGAUGGAAACGGGUGGACAUCAAAGCCUGAAGAUGAAGCUCCUCCUGCACCCAAAGCAAUCAUAUCCUCGUCUUUGCCAAGCUCAACACCUGCAUCAGUGGUUGAUAAACAUCCUAGUCGGCGUACUGAACCAGUGAGCAAAGUAACCCUAUCCAGCUCCACUAAAGAGCCAGUGAAUCAAUCUCCUAUCCUGCCUUGCUCAUCAGUGGUUCAUACACAUCCUAAUUGGUGUAAUGAACCAGUGAGCAAAGUAAUUCUGUCCAGCUCCACUAAAGAGCCAGUGAAUCAAUCUCCUAUCCUGCCUUGCUCUAAGGCCGAAACAAAAAUCAACAAAGCUGCAAGUAAACCAAAUGGAAUGGGUGCAGUACAUGGACCAACACACACAUCACAAGCAGCAACAAGACGGAAUCAAUCCCCAAGGUUUAUCCCUGAUUGCCCGACUAAAAAGGUGACUGCUUGUUCAAAUGCUCGGGAACAUAUGGUGAGACCUCUAGUGCCGUCCCCUUUGAGACCUGAUGAGAAAUCCAUCGACAGACUAGUGAAAAAAUAUGGAGGUCCUGAUAUUACUGGUGUGAAGCCUGCGGACUCCACAACGGUAAAGUUGGAGGCGAUGAAGAAAAUGAUUCAUGAUUACGGAGCACCUGAUGUGGCUCGGGUAAAGCCAAUGGUUUCUCUGGUUGCUCCCAAUGCAAUGCCACCAAAUAUAGGAGAGGUACAUAGAAGACCCUUCAUGGGACCAAGAAGUCCUCCAUUGCUGACCUUGCCGCCCGUGAUGAGCACGAAUCUGCACGCCUUGCCAAUGAAUGCUACAGGUAACUUUCGUCCCCCCUUCCCACCAGCCAUGACUAUGCCUCCCCGUGGAGUCAACUUGCAGUAUCACAAGCCCGACUUACAGUAUCACAAGUCGUUAAUCAAACAACAUGGAGAAAUCCAAGAAACUGGCAAGGACAAUGUCCCAAAUAUUUGCCAAUCUGGUAACUACUUGCAACGACUAGAACGGGCACAUAGGACAACCAAAAUAGAAACGAAUCCAAAAUACCGGAAACCUUGCCUAUAUAUCACUAGCUCAACAGGGUGUCGUAACGGCUUCAAUUGCGCGUUCCAGCAUGAUGUGCCUGGACAGUGGAGGGCUACUGGGGCUGUGGAGGCUCCGAUAAACCCGGUAGCCAUGGCCCCAGUACCCAAGAGGAUGAAGCCCAAUGAGCAAUUUGGAAAUCACCAUUAUUUCUGAGAUGGUGAAGCUAAUGCUAUCAACAAAUAGAGCACAUUAAAUCAGUGCCUAUAAACUUAUAUAACCGUAGAAAGAUACAGUUUUUUUUUUUCCUCCAUUGCAAAAAUGGACCACAGUUUUGAAAGGAAUUUUUUUUAAAAAAUAUUUCAGAGUGUAGAUUUUUUUUACCAA